CUGGAGUGGAACAAAGGGAAAGCGAACCCAUUCGUGAGCAAGAUCAAAGCGGGGCUGAGGCAAAGGCGACCCUCGACGAUGCCCUUGAAUAUGGUUCACGCUUCUGAUGGAUGGCCCCGUGUUCACUUGACUGGGCCAUCUGGUUCAUCUGCUGAGGUGCUUCUCUACGGGGGGCAGGUUGUUUCUUGGAAGAAUGAACGAAGAGAGGAGCUCCUCUUUAUGAGCAGUAAGGCCAUCUUUAAGCCACCUAAAGCAAUUAGGGGAGGUAUACCUGUUUGCUUUCCUCAGUUUGGAAAUCUUGGUUCUCUGGAGCAACAUGGAUUUGCAAGGAAUAGAGUGUGGUCUGUCGAUAGCGAUCCUUCACCUCUACCUCCAGCUGACAGCCAGUCAGUGGAUCUGAUACUUAAGUCUACAGAAGAGGACCUCAAAACAUGGCCGCGUAGCUUUGAGCUCCGACUUCGCGUUUCUCUGGGUGCUGGAAAGCUCACUUUGAUCCCCCGUGUAAGAAAUACUGACAGCAAGGCCUUCUCGUUUACGUUUGCGCUCACAAACAACCUCUCUGUCUCGGACAUCAGUGAAGUGCGCGUCGAAGGCUUAGAGACGCUUGAUUACUUUGAUAAUUUGAUGCGAAGAGAAAGGUUCACAGAGCAGGCUGAUGCAAUCACAUUCGACGGCGAGAUUGACAGAGUUUAUUUGAGCACCCCAACAAAGAUUGCUAUCAUAGACCACGAGAAGAAGAGAACCUUGGUGCUCCGGAAGGAUGGCAUGCCAGAUGCAGUGGUAUCGAAUCCUUGGGACAAAAAGGCAAAGGCACUUUCUGACAUGGGUGAUGAGGAGUACAAAACUAUGCUGAGUGUGGAUUCUGCUGCUAUUGAAACACCGAUAGUUUUGAAACCCUUUGAAGAGUGGAGAGGCCGUCAAGAACUUUCUACUGUUUCAUCAAGUUAUUACAGUGGGCAAUUAGACCCUCGAAAUGUUCUUCGUGGCUUUCACUGAAUCUCGGCAUGUUUUUAGAUAAUUUAUAUAAGCUGCACGCCCUGUAAAUGUGCCCAUUUCUUUUCUUUGUUGAGAAACCAAAACAGCCCUAAGUGAUAGUCGACUGCAUUUUCCUAGGUCGGUCAAGCUAUCAGAGGGUUUAGAAACAUAAAGGUGUUCUAUGUCAAUCCGUCUGUCAUGUGAGAUUGCCUCUUGUUUAGUGAUUUCAUACCGUAUGCUGCUGUGCAUUGUGAUAUUUGUCGGAGUAAUGUUUUGCAUCUAGAGGGGGAGGAGGAUUGAACAAUCAACUCAUUGCCCUUUGAUUAA